UUCGUUGGUGAUGGAAUGGGGAUACCAACCGUGACUGCAGCCAGGAUUCUAAAGGGACAACAGGCUGGGAAUACCGGGGAAGAAACAGUCCUUGCAUGGGAAGACUUCCCACAUGCUGCCCUCUCUAAGACGUACAACACUAAUGCCCAAGGUGCCGAUUCAGCCGGCACAGCUACGGCGUUCUUCUGUGGAGUGAAGACGAAAUCUGGAGUAAUUGGAGUCGACGAUCAAGUCAUCAGAAGUGACUGCAAGUCAGGAUUAAAUGCCAGCGUGGAUUCCAUCAUGAUUGAUGCACAGAAGGCAGGUAAAGCUACGGGGUUCAUCAGUACUGCCAGGGUGACACACGCUACGCCAGCGUGUCUUUAUGCCCACUCUCCGAACCGGAACUGGGAGAAUGACGCCGAUAUACCUCCUGAAGAAGCGGCGUAUGGCUGCACCGACAUCGCACAACAACUCAUUACGCUGGGAAAGAAUACUAAGGUUAUCUUAGGAGGGGGUCGAGCUGAGAUGACCCCUAAUGACGUAGCUGACGUGGAAUACCCAACUCGUAAUGGUUCCCGUCAAGAUGGAAGAAACCUUAUAGAUGAAUGGCUGGAAAGCAAAGACAGUGAGAGCAGUAGUUACGUCUGGAACCUCGACCAGUUCAAUGCCGUAGACCCUGAAAACACGGAGUAUCUUUUAGGACUUUUUGAGAGAAGCCACAUGCAGUUUGAGGUCGAUCGGAAGGAUGAUGCGGGAGGUGAACCUUCAGUUGCUGAAAUGGUUGAGAAAGCUAUCAAGAUCCUGGAGAAGGACAAGGAUGGAUUUUUCCUAAUGGUGGAAGGUGGGCGCAUAGAUCAUGCUCAUCACGAUGGAAAUGCCGCCAUUGCACUCACAGAAACCAUCGCGUUUGAGGAGGGUCUGAUUAAAGCAUUGGAGCUUACCAGUGAUGAAGAUACAUUGUACAUCGUUACAGCUGAUCAUAGUCACGUGAUGUCAAUGGGAGGCUAUCCCAGCAGAGGGAACCCAAUUCUAGGUUUAUAUGACCUGGCUGACGCGGCUGAUGGUAUGCCAUAUACCACCUUAUCUUACGCCAAUGGGCCUGGUGGCAUUCAGGAACAGACAAGCUACCAGACGACUGGCAGAAGACGUAACUUGACCGAAGCCAACUUUGAUGACCCAACGUUUUUCCAUUCGGCCAUCUUCCCAGUCACAUCAGAGACCCAUGGUGGCGAAGAUGUUGCGAUUUACGCCCAUGGACCUAUGUCACAUCUAUUACACGGUGUUCAAGAGCAAAACUACAUUCCGCAUGUUGUACGUUACGCGGCGUGUUUGGGAAAUACAGAACAUUGUGAUGGAUAUGUUAACCCGUGCACAGGUGGAGCGUCGGCAUCAAUCCAACGAGAUCUCGCGGGAAUAUGUCUUGUUCUUUUGAGCAGCUUAAUACCAAUCUUCCUAAACUAACGUUUUCAAUUAAGAGGUUAAGUCAAACAAUAGUACUAAUAUUGUGUUUAGUGACGUUUUAUAUCCUUUUAAUGCCUGCCGUACACAUGUGUACGUCUUCAUACUUUUUCAGAAAAUGUUUUUAAUCGUGCAUUUACUACAAAUUUCUGUUGGCUACAAAUGCAACCAAACUGACAUAACAAUAAAUACAAUAAAACUUUAUUGUCCCUGCACGGAAAAUUCCUUUGGCCUUUUGCUCACACAAAAACACACCAAUACAAAGGUACAAUUGAGUUAAAAGGGGGUUAAACCGUACCACAGAGAAAUGGUGGGCCUUAACACAAAAUUAAAAGUGCACCACAUACAUUAUAAAAGGGCAGAUACAGAACAAGAACACUAAACAACAACAACAGAAAACAAACAAUAACAACACAUGCGUUCAGAUCUCAAAUGAUACAACAACUCACCGUUCAAGCUGCCCAUUAUUUAAUUGAAUGGCAGCCGGAACAAAUGAGCUGCCAUACCUCCGGGUCUUGAUCAUGGCUCUUUGAAGAAAUCGAUUGCUUCUAAGGGUUUUCUGGAAUUUCAAGUGAAGUGUGUGAGAGCUGUUGAAAGUAAAACAAUUGACUUGAUUUGAUUGAUUGAUUGAUUGAUUGACUGAGUAAGUGAGUGAUUGAUUGAUUGACUGAGUAAGUGAGUGAUUGACAAUCAUAGAACACUCGAGGGCGCUACGUUAGCAUCACCAAUACGGCUGCCCUCAUAUUAAACACCAGGUUUUGGUGAGUUCUCUUCUAGAUUGUUGUUUGAAUUCCUAUGUUUUAUGACAAUCUUAGUUAUUUUUUUAUAAAUACUGAUUGCUUAUAGACCGAGAA